GCAAUAGCAACCUGUAAACAACCGCUAGAUGUUUUCACUUUCUUUUUUGGGGAAGCAAUACCCAAGUUGUGAGAGCAGUCAGACAUUUCAGAUUAAUCUUCCACACUCGGAUCAUUUUUAUGGAAGACAAGGAGGCAACACGCACCUGCGGCCAGUGCCACAAAGAGGUUGCUGAAGCCAACUUCGCUCUACAUGAGACGCACUGCAGCCGAUUCCUAUGUGUCUGUCCGGACUGCAAUGAAUCAGUUCCCAGGGAUCAGCUGAAGGAGCACAGAGAGGAACAGCAUGCAGAGGUGAGCUGCUCCAAGUGCAACAAGAAGAUGGAACGUUGUCAGCUGAUGGAUCAUGAGGCUGAUGAGUGUGUGGAGCGUCUGCAGGCAUGCCAGUUUUGUGACCUGGAGGUGCCAUCGAAGGAGCUGGACGGACACAGCUUGGUGUGUGGGAGCCGCACUGAGCUCUGCAGAGACUGCGGCUGUUACGUCAGACUGAGAGACCAACCCAGUCAUGGCUUGACCUGCUCAGUCACUGAGAAGUCAUCAAGUCCCCUACAAGCGACCAGCAGGGCACUCAAAGAGACAGAAAUAUCAGUGAAUUGUACCAGAUGUAUGGCAUCAUUUCCAGUUGCUGAUAUCGACGAGCAUGAGAUGGAGUGUAUUACAACAACCAGGUGGGAAUAUGAAGUCGAAAAGCAGUCAAAGGGAGCAUCAGAGGAGGAGUUGGAGGAGGAAUCAGAGGAGGAGUCGGAGGAUGAGGUUGAUUUCUCAAAAAAGGGGGGCACUCCUCAGCUGAUGACCACCAACAAGGAAUUAAACUUCUCAGACAGACCCAGCCGUGGCCCCUGGAUCAAUGGAGGCGACCCAGAUCAAAUCAGUUCAUGCCCACAUUGUCAUCUGGCUCUGCCCGUCUCCACACUGCAGUGGCACGAGGUGAAGUGCAGACGUCACAUAUGUUUGAACUAGAGACAGAGCUCCUCAGAAUGGAAAAGCUGCCCCCAAGAGCUUUGAUCAACACCAUAGGAGAGCAUACAGGCUUUGCAAGUGCACGUUUCAAACAGAUCUUUAGGGUUUCUUCUGAUGCUUUUAUUAAUGUUUACAUUUUUUGUUUGUUCUUGAAUUAAAGUACUUUACUCUUCAUCUAAGUAAAUUUCACAUUCCUGAUACUUACAGUCUAUUAAUUACAAGCACGGCCACUUAACUUUCAUGCUAACCACUUAUCCAUCGUAUUCACAGUUUCCACUGCUGUGUGGAAAAUUCUCAUGAUAACUCUAAAAUGUUUUUAUGCUCAUAUCAUGUUAAUAUUUCGGCAGUGGCGAUCACCUCAUCUUUGUUAGAUGUGCACAAAGCAGAGGAAGAGGGGACUGAUGGGAAACGUGUGCUAGAAGGUGCAGAAUUCUGUAUUCAUGGGAGUGCCCAUGAAUCACUAACAUGCUUCCACAGCUACAGUGUGAUGCAUUCACUGACCUUUCCACGCCGAAGGAUAUUUACAUGUAUGUGAGGCUUAGUCUAUCGCUGACACCCAGAGCUCUGUGCACACUUUUGCCUGUUACCCUGUUAAGACUGCAAGCCUGAGGACUUUGAGUUGCGUGUUUGAAGUACUUCCAUGAAUACCAAUUGGUGAAAUGAUAUGAUUUUUUUUUUUUUUUUAAACACUUCUUUACAAAUGAAUAUACACUUAAUGUGUAACCUACAUGAUCUUCCGCUGUGAGAUUUUUAAAGUUUAUCCUCACAUUUAAACCAAAGGUGUCCUAAA